UUAGUGUGAAAUCACAUGCAAAUUGCUGGAAAGGGGGAGGGAGAGAAAACGCCGUCCGUAGUCCGUAGCAUACCUGAGUUCACACCUCAUUUCGACUGCGUCGGAGUUGGAGCGGUUAUUCUCCUACACUGCCACCCCCCCUGCCCGGAGAAGAGGAUGAGCGAUCAGAAGAGCACAGGCGAUGGGCUACGCGAUCCUCCACCCUAUGCGAUACAAAUGGACGGGAAAGGCAAGCUGGAUGAUGGCGGUGUGAAGGUUUAUCAUCUGCACUCUCCCGUCAGCCCUCCCCCUCCGAGAGAGCAGAGCUACGUCCAGACCAAGUCCUCCUCGCCAGUAUACACCUAUGCUUCAGAACCCAAGCAGAAGUUUGUGAGCUACGAGGAGAAGGAAAUUGGCCGGGAGCCAGUCAUGGCCACGUGCACACACUGCCAGCAGCAGGUCCUGACCAAUGUGCACUACAAAGUGGGAGCUUAUGCAAUCCUCAUGUGCCUGCUCUUCAUCGUCUGUGGACUAGUGGUCGGCUGCUGCCUCAUCCCGUUUUUUGUCAAGCACUUCAAGGACGUCUAUCAUACUUGUCCUAGAUGCAGUCGCAUUCUUCAUGUGAACAAGAAAGCCUGCUGCAAGUAGCCCCAUCCUCUUGGCACCUGCUGCUGGCUGUGCAUUUCUCUUCACAGCUCCAGCUUACUUGCUAAUGAGGUAAAAGGGCCGUACAGCUGUCAGGAAGAGGAUGCAGUCAACACCUGCAUAAAAAUACUUCCUAAUGUUGGAUCAGAUGCAGAGCUACAAAAAUUAGUUGUUCAUAGGUAUUCUGUGUCCAAGUGGAUUAGAUACUGUACCUCUUUGAUGUAUUCUGCUGUGUAAUAUGUAAUGAUGGAUUAAUUACUCUGGUUUUAAAAUGGGUGUGGCACCCUGCUUUAACUACAAAGGAACUCAUGGAAAAAUAACUGUACAGUGGAGACUAUUCUCUCUGCUUCCUUUAUUGGUGGUAGGUGGCCAUUUAACAGCAAGAGCAAUGGUUCUCAUGUUGAGUCAAUCAAUGCACCAAAGUAUUGAAAAUACAAAAGCUUCUAUAUUCUCUUAACCCUACUAUACUCUUCUACUAUAAACAUGGCUCAAGAACCCAUGUCCAGUAUCAUUCAGUAAUGGUAUAGUAUUAAGGUUUUUUCUAAAUGCUUUUUUUUUUUGACACCACAAUGUGUAUCUGUGUACCUCUAAUUUGAUAUGUAUAUACACGUUACAUGUGCAAUCCAAGAGUUCAGUAAAGUUUACAGAUCUCCCACAGUA